ACAGACAGGUUUAUAAUUCUUCCGAAACCGCGCACGACUGGUGGCGCGAUUAAUCAAACCCCCAAAUCCCCAUUCGUUUCAUCCUUUCGCCGCCUUCAUCCUCUGACUUCCAUAAAAAACGCGCCCAAUUGAUUCAUAAACAAUCCCAAUUUCAUUCACCUUUCGUCUUCCUCCUGGUGGGUCGUCUGUCUUUUGAGAGAUUCCCCAUUUCACAGAGGAAAAAAGAUGAAGAAUCGUGGCUUUAGAAAGAUCUCCAUCGUAUGGUUUCCUUUCUUUUGUUUCCCCUUCUUCCUUCUCGGUAUGCUCGUCACAAACAGGAUAUGGUCGGUGCCUGAAUCCAAUGGUCAGGUCAUCUCUCGGCAUCGCCAUGAGCAGGAACUUCAAAUCGUCUCUGAAGAUAACCCUAUUAAGAUGCCAGCGGAGAAAAGGGAUAUGAUGACCGAAGUUUAUAGAACUAACGAAGCAAUCAAAUCUUUAGACAAGAAAAUUACAAUGCUUAACAUGGAUUUAGUGGAGGCUAGGAAUUCUCGGGAGGUACACUCCUCUGAGAAUUACACCCCUUCUGUUGAAUCUUCUGUUCAAGACAACCUGCCAAAGAAGAAGAUGUUAAUGGUGAUUGGGAUAAACACCGCGUUUAGUAGUCGAAGGCGUCGAGAUUCUGUUAGAGAGACGUGGAUGCCUCGAGGUGAAAAGCUGUUCCAGUUGGAGCGAGAGAAAGGGAUUGUCGUUCGGUUUAUGAUUGGCCAUAGCGCAACAUCGAACAGCAUUUUAGAUCGCGCUAUUGAUUCUGAAGAUUCCUUGCACAAAGAUUUCCUUAGACUGGAGCAUAUUGAAGGGUACCACGAAUUGUCUGCAAAAACAAAAGCCUUCUUUUCCACUGCCGUUUCUAUAUGGGAUGCUGACUUCUACGUUAAGAUAGACGACGAUGUCCAUGUGAAUUUAGGGAUGCUAGCUACCACUCUGGCUUACCACCGGUCAAAGCCCAGAGUUUAUAUUGGAUGCAUGAAAUCUGGACCUGUUCUAUCUUCAAAGGCUGUCAAAUACCAUGAACCUGAAUUCUGGAAAUUUGGAGAGGAGGGAAAUAAGUACUUCAGACAUGCAACUGGACAGAUUUAUGCAAUCUCAAAGGAUCUAGCCAACUACAUUGCGAAUAAUCAGCUAAUUUUGCACAAAUAUGCUAAUGAAGACGUGUCGCUCGGUGCUUGGUUAAUUGGGCUUGAAGUCGAGCACAUAGAUGACCGCAAUAUGUGCUGCGGGACUCCACCUGAUUGUGAGUGGAAGGCACAGGCAGGAAACAUGUGCGUUGCAUCAUUUGACUGGAGUUGCAGUGGAAUAUGCAAAUCUGUGGAGAGGAUCAAGAAUGUCCAUGAAAAGUGUGGUGAAGGGAGUGCGGCUGUCUGGAGUGCCUUAAUCUAGCUCAACGCUUCUCUUUGUCUUGGAUUUUUGAUAUCAUUCAGCUGUGAUCAGACAAAAGCUGGACACUGUUUGGGAGUUCAACUGGCCACGAAACGUUAUGUCGAAACACUGCACGUAAAACCUCGAAAGAAGGUAACGUAUGAGCGUGCAGUGGUGGAAUGCAUUCGUCGAAAAAAAGUGGUUUCUACCACAAAACUUCCAGUUUUGUUCGUGGGAGUCAGAUUCAUUUAUACCUCUGUUUGUUGCUUGAUCAUAGGACUUAGGUAAUACAGCCAGUGUAUUGUGUAAUUUAGGCUGAUUUCUUAUUUUGGAUGUGUCGGACUCUGUUUAUUUAUGUCAUUUCUUUGUAUAGUGUAAAGAGAAUGAUUGUUUCUAUCCGAAGUGAUUGUAUUUUCUGUAGCCUUGAGCUGGUCGAUGAUA